AGAGAGGGUGUCCGUAUAUCAGAGAAACAGACUGUGAGGGAGGAGAGGGGGGAAAAAAAGAGGAGGAAAGUGAGCGAGUGCUCAAGAAGGACAAAGAGGAAGGGGUGGGGGGAAGAAGGGAGUUACCACCCUCCUGGCAUUGCGCUUCCUUUCAAACCUCUGUGCAAUGAUAUUGUUUGCAGGGAUGCUCAGGGAGCAGGCACCUGCUGCUCUGUAAUGAUUCAGCCUCUUCCAGCCGCGGCUUUUACACAGCAGGAUGCUGUUGCUACUGGCACUGUUACCUCUGCCGCUGCUGCCACCGUUGCUGCUGUGCCUCAUUUUGCUUUUGCUUCUGCUGCAUGACGGUUGUUUUCUUCGUCUCAGCAGACACCAGCCUCAGACGCUCAAGGUGAGGAGCCAGCCUUUCGCCCUGGGCUAUUGGUUCACUUAAUCUAACAAUUUGUGCUUUGUUUGGUGCGGUGUCCCCCCCCACACACCACCACCACCAGCCCCCUCGGAAGAGCUGGGAUGGCUUGAGAGGCGUUGAAGGAAUUAUAAAAGUGGCCAGGAAAUGGGAGCUAAGUAAUUACUAAGCAACUCUAUUUCUUGUUUAAUAGGAGAGGGGUUUUUUUUAUUUUUUCCCUCUCCCAGUUCAGAUGCUGUUCUUGAACUUGGACUCUCUACUGACUCCCACUGUAUGACUUUUUCCAGAGUUGGGCGAUUUGAUUUUUGCCUGUCUCAUAGUAAUGGACUGUGAUAGAGUUAAGGCCUUUUGGAGGUGAGCUGGUUGAGAUUUUUAUGCUUAAAUAUGUCUGAAGUAUCUGCAGAGACUUUUCCCCACUCCUCGACUCAGCUGAACCCUGCUGCGUCUCUUGAAGGGCUCCCCGCUGAGGACAACAUGUCAGGGGUGCAAACGGAGGACGGGAGGGUCCAGGGAAUAGCAGGCCUUGCCGCUACUUGCUGCGUGUGCCUGGAGGCAGAGCGACUGAGGGGCUGCCUCAACUCUGAAAAGAUCUGCAUCGUCCCUAUCCUGGCUUGCCUGCUCAGCCUCUGCCUCUGCAUUGCUGGCCUCAAGUGGGUGUUUGUAGACAAAAUUUUUGAGUAUGACUCUCCUACCCACCUAGACCCUGGGAGGAUAGGGCAAGACCCGGUGAUUUCAGUGGAACCUACUGCUCUGUCUGCUUGGGUGCCUUCGGUAGUGCAUACCUCACCUUUCCCAGUACCGAGCCCUGAAACCAAGGUUGAAGUUACAGUGCAAGCUGAUAGUUCACUAGUGCCCUCCGAGCCUUUCCUCUUGCCUUCUCCGCAUAACCGUGUCUUAGAUUUUUCAUUGUUGCCCUCCGCCGCACCUUCCUUCCCUCCGCCCACGCUGGAGCCUGAGGUGAGAGAGGCUACCACCGUGUCUCAGGCACAAACAACAGAAACUAAUCUCCAAAUUGCACCAAAACUUUCCACUUCUACAUCGACGACUGGGACAAGUCAUCUCACAAAAUGUGACAUAAAGCAGAAAGCCUUCUGUGUCAAUGGGGGAGAGUGUUACAUGGUCAAAGACCUUCCAAAUCCCCCCAGAUAUUUGUGCAGGUGCCCAAAUGAAUUUACUGGUGAUCGCUGCCAAAACUACGUAAUGGCCAGCUUCUACAAGCAUCUUGGGAUUGAAUUUAUGGAAGCAGAGGAACUAUACCAGAAAAGGGUCUUGACCAUAACUGGCAUCUGCAUUGCCCUCCUUGUAGUUGGCAUCAUGUGUGUUGUGGCCUACUGCAAAACCAAGAAGCAACGGAAAAAGUUGCAUGAGCGUCUUAGGCAGAGCCUUCGCUCUGAGCAGAACAACAUGGUGAACAUGGCCAAUGGGCCCCACCGUCCCAAUCCACCGCCCGAAAACGUCCAGCUGGUCAAUUAUGUAUCUAAAAAUGUAAUAUCCAGCGAACACGUCAUUGAGAGAGAGACAGAGACGUCAUUUUCCACAAGUCACUACACCUCGACAACGCAUCACUCCACCACUGUCACCCAGACGCCCAGCCAUAGUUGGAGUAACGGUCAGACUGAAAGCAUUAUCUCGGAAAGCCACUCGGUGCUUGUGAGUUCUUCCGUAGAGAACAGCAGGCACACGAGCCCAGCAGGACCCAGAGGACGCCUCAGCGGCAUAGGAGGUCCACGAGAUUGCAACAGCUUCCUGAGGCAUGCAAGAGAGACUCCUGACUCCUACCGAGAUUCACCUCACAGCGAAAGGUAUGUAUCAGCUAUGACCACACCGGCUCGCAUGUCACCUGUUGAUUUCCACACUCCAAGUUCUCCAAAGUCCCCCCUUUCAGAAAUGUCUCCACCAGUGUCCAGCUUAACUGUAUCUGUCCCUUCUGUGGCGGUCAGUCCCUUUAUGGAAGAGGAGAGGCCUCUGCUCCUGGUGACACCACCUCGGUUACGGGAGAAGUAUGACCAUCACAUUCAGCAGUUCAACUCCUUCCACCACAAUCCCGCCCAUGAGAGCAACAGUCCGCCACCUAGUCCUCUGAGGAUAGUAGAGGACGAGGAAUAUGAAACCACACAGGAGUAUGAGCCAGCACAGGAGCCCCCAAAGAAACUAGUCAACAGCCGGAGGGCAAAAAGAACAAAGCCCAACGGCCACAUUUCCAACAGAUUAGAAGUGGACACCGACACAAGCUCUGAGAGCAGUAGCUCUGAGAGUGAAACAGAAGAUGAAAGAAUAGGUGAGGAUACACCUUUCCUGAGCAUACAGAACCCCAUGGCAACCAGCCUAGAGCCAGCCACUGCAUACCGACUGGCUGACAGCAGGACUAACCCAACUAGCCGGUUCUCCACACAGGAAGAAUUACAAGCAAGGUUGUCCAGUGUAAUAGCUAAUCAAGACCCUAUUGCUGUAUAAAACAUAAACAAAAUGCAUAGAUUCACAUGUAAAACUUUAUUUUAUAUAAUGAAGUAUUCCACCUUUAAAUUAAACAAUUUAUUUUAUUUUAGCAAAUUCCACUAAUAGAAAACAGGAGGGGGAAAAAAACUUUUAUAAAUUAAAUAUAUGUAUGUACAAAGGUGUUAUGUGCCAUAUGUAGCAAUUUUUUACAGUAUUUCAAAAAUGAGAAAGAUAUCAAUGGUGCCUUUAUGUUAUGUUAUGUUGAGAGCAAGUUUUGUACUGUUACAGUAAUUGCUGUUCCACGGUAUUUUGCAGAACCUUCCGACCUUCAAUUCUCCUGGCUUUUUUGUGCAUUGCAUUAUGGUAACUGGAUGUAUGAUUGGCAAGAAUUGCAAAAGUCCCUAUGUUUGCUUGUAGUAGAGCCCCGCCCCCAAUCACAAUACCCUAUAAUGGCAUACCCACCAACAAAACAAUACUGUUUUCUUCUAUAAGAGGUUUUAUUUGCUUUCCGUAUCUGAAAGGAGUUGUGUCUGCUCUCUUCCAGCAAACAGGUUUGCUUCAUUGGGCACUGGAAUAAUAGUACAUCAAACAGCGUGCUACUGUUAAUGACAGCAGGAUAACAAAAAUUGCAUUAAAUAAUGUUACAUAUUGGAAAGAGAGUAAUGCUGUGAUUUUAAACUGAGUAUAUUAUUAAUCGGAAAUCAGCUUGUACUCACUAGGAACUGUCAUUACAUUUUUUUCCAGAUAUUAAUUGUCCUAGUUAUCCCUUAGAAAAUGGGCUCAGAGUAGCAAAGGCUGUGAACCCAGGACUUGACAAAAGAACAAGAUUUCUAUUCGCUUAAGUUACUGGGAAAAAUACACCCAGUGUCUGUAACCAGACAAGGAAAAGAACUAGCUGGGGAAAAAAGCCACUAAUAAAGUGCAGCCAUUUUUACCUGUAUUUUUAAUGUUGAUUUUUAAUAGACAAGUGAGUCUUUGUUUCCA